AGCGGAGUAGGAAGCGGCCGCGAUGUCCUUUUGUGUCCUACAAGCCGCCGGCGGCGCCGCCGAGUGAGGGGACGCGGCGCGGCGGGGCGGCGCGGCCCGAGGAGGCGGCGGAGGAGGGGCCGCCCGCGGCCCCAGGCUCACCCCGGCGCUCCGGGCCGCUCGGCCCCCAUGCCUGCCCGCCCGCCCUGCCGGGGCCCCAGGUGACCAGCGCCAUGUCCAGCCAGGUGGUGGGCAUUGAGCCUCUCUACAUCAAGGCAGAGCCAGCCAGUCCUGACAGCCCAAAGGGUUCCUCGGAGACUGAGACUGAGCCCCCCGUGGCCCUGGCCCCUGGCCCAGCUCCCACCCGCUGCCUCCCAGGCCACAAGGAGGAGGAGGAUGGGGAGGGGGCUGGGCCCGGCGAGCAGGGUGGUGGGAAGCUGGUGCUCAGCUCCCUGCCCAAACGCCUCUGCCUGGUCUGUGGGGACGUGGCCUCCGGCUACCACUAUGGUGUGGCAUCCUGUGAGGCCUGCAAAGCCUUCUUCAAGAGGACCAUCCAGGGGAGCAUCGAGUACAGCUGUCCGGCCUCCAACGAGUGCGAGAUCACCAAGCGGAGACGCAAGGCCUGCCAGGCCUGUCGCUUCACCAAGUGCCUGCGGGUGGGCAUGCUCAAGGAGGGGGUACGUCUGGACCGUGUCCGGGGUGGGCGACAGAAGUACAAGCGGCGGCCAGAGGUGGACCCGCUGCCCUUCCCAGGCCCCUUCCCUGCUGGACCUCUGGCAGUAGCUGGAGGCCCUCGGAAGACAGCCCCGGUGAAUGCACUGGUGUCCCACCUCCUGGUGGUUGAGCCUGAGAAGCUGUAUGCCAUGCCCGACCCAGCGGGCCCUGAUGGGCACCUCCCAGCCGUGGCUACUCUCUGUGACCUCUUUGACCGAGAGAUCGUGGUCACCAUCAGCUGGGCCAAGAGCAUCCCAGGUUUCUCGUCACUGUCGCUGUCUGACCAGAUGUCAGUUCUGCAGAGCGUGUGGAUGGAGGUCCUGGUGUUGGGUGUGGCCCAGCGCUCACUGCCACUGCAGGAUGAGCUGGCCUUCGCCGAGGACCUGGUCCUGGAUGAAGAGGGGGCUCGAGCAGCUGGCCUUGGGGAACUGGGGGCUGCCCUGUUGCAACUGGUGAGGCGACUGCAGGCCCUGCGGCUUGAACGCGAGGAGUACGUUCUGCUGAAGGCCCUGGCCCUCGCCAAUUCAGACUCUGUGCACAUUGAAGAUGCUGAGGCGGUGGAGCAGCUUCGAGAAGCUCUACACGAGGCCCUGCUGGAGUAUGAAGCUGGCCGGGCAGGCCCCGGAGGGGGUGCUGAGCGGAGGCGGGCAGGCAGGCUGCUGCUUACACUACCGCUCCUUCGCCAGACGGCAGGCAAAGUGCUGGCCCAUUUCUAUGGGGUGAAGCUGGAGGGCAAGGUGCCCAUGCACAAGCUGUUCCUGGAGAUGCUUGAGGCCAUGAUGGACUGAGGCGAGGGCUGGGCACAGGUGGGGGUGCUGGCAGGACCCGCCCAGCACGGGGUCAGCCCCAAGGGGGCAGAGCUGGGGUCUGGGCAGUGCCACAGCCUGAUGGCAGGGCCAGGGCAACACCAUCAGCCGGAGCAGGCCCUAUGCCCUCCCCUCCCCCCUUCCAGGGGGUGUCAGAAGCUGGGAACGUGCAUGCCCAGGCUCUGGGCACAGUGCUGCCCCUCGCAAGCCAUAACGUGCCCCCAGGGUGUAGGGGGCCUUGCGGAAGCCAUAGGGGGCUGUAGGGGACAUGUGUGUGUGUG